CGCGGCGGGCGCGAGCCGGUCGGCGGUGCCAUGGAGAGCGGUCUGGUCGCGCGCCUCGGGCUGCGCGCGGGCAUCGCCGACCCCCCCGUGCUCAGGAAAGCUGAGGAGUAUCUACGGCUUUCUCAGGUGAAGUGCGUCGGACUGUCGGCGCACACUACGGCCACGAGCGAUGCAGUGAUGUGUUUGGACCUCGCGGCUACUUGCAUGAAGUGUCCGCUGGACAGGACUGACUUAGUUAAGCUAUCAGGUUUAAACAAGAAGGCGUACCAGAGUUGCCUGAAGUCUUUUGAGUGUUUACUGGGCCUGAACUCAAAUCUUGGAAUAAGAGACCUCGCCGUACAAUUUAGCUGCACAGAGGCAGUGAAUGUAGCUUGUAAAAUACUACAGAGGUAUGAAUCCAGCCUUCCCCAGACACAGCAAGUGGAUCUUGAUCUAUCCAGGCCCUUGUUCACAACAGCAGCUCUUUAUUCAGCUUGCAGGAUUCUAAAGCUAAAACUGGAUAAGAAAAAACUGGCAACCACAGCUGGUGUGAAGAAACCCAUUUUUGAUCGGCUCUGUACCCAGCUAGAGAAAAUCGGACAGCAGAUUACUAUUGACCACAACCAAUCAGACUCCCCACCUCCCAAGAGACAGAAGACCCUGGCGGAACAACCUGAAAAAGAACCACAAAAGGAAGCAGUGUUUCCAAGCAAGCAACAGAAAAGUGAAGAAUUGAAUCAGGACUAUGAAGAAUGGAAAAGGAAAAUUUUAGAAAAUGCGACUAAAGCACAAAAGAUGAAAAACGAGUGACUUGGGCUUCCAAACUGCACUACAGUUCUCUCUCUCUCUCUCUGUCAUUUCUUAGCUACAGGGGUUUGAAGAAGAUUCAGCAUUUUGAUUUGGAUGGUUGUAGCAAAUGUGCAGUGGUCAGUUUUUUUAGAUGAGUCGGGCCCCUCUGCUCAAAAACAGUGAAUCUCAAGUUGCUUUUGGCAGACAUAACUUCCUUUCCAAGCAUUUGAAAACUGAUAAUUGCCAUUUUAAGAAGUCAGCCUGCUUUACAAGAAGUACAAAGUCCCAAGUCCUGAGAGAGUGAAAGCAGGUUUGGCUAAAAUCACCCCUUAGUGGUUUCUGAGCCCCCACAGCCACCUUUUGGCUGCAGUGUCUUUAGAGCACUCUGCACAAAGCAGAAUCUCUGACUUUUAAGGGAAUUUGGAACUCUUUUAUAAUUUAAUUAUCUUGGCCCUGUGCAUUACCCAUUUCUGAAGUAGCAGGCGGGUGGGAGUCACUCUCCUUAUUUUAGUGCUUAAAAUACCCCACAUAGUGAAUGAAGAGGAGUGAAAGCUGAUGUCUUUUUAUUGCAUAAACUUCUGAUUGAACUGAAACUAAGAUGGCGUUGAAAUAAAUUAUUUUGUUUAUGGUUA